UCAAUUUUAUUUCUUUUUCCAAAUUUGUUUAUGGAUACACAUUCUGAGGUACCGUUAUUUUUUCAUUUUACUAUCUUCGUUUUCUGAGAAUUACCCAAAUUCGUAAACAAACUUCAUUUUGCGCUCAUCAAAAUAAUAGGAGUGUGCCAUUUUAAUCUGUUCAGAGCGCAAAAAAAGAUCGAAAAUUUAAAGCAAUGGGUCGUGGCAAACAUUGCACACCUGAGCGGCGUGAUUUGAUCAAAAACUUGAUUUCAAGUGGGAAAACGUACAAGGAAGUACAAAAAAUAAUUGGAUGCGGUGCUUCCAUGAUCCGAAAUGCACUAAAAUUUUCACCCAAGCCGGAAACCCGUGGCCGACCCCAAGUUCUAGCCGAUAAACUGGCUACACGUGUUGCAAGGUACUCGAAGAAGCAUCCUUUUGCAAGCUGCAAAGAAAUCAAGGAUGAGCUUAACUUGGACGCAAGUAUCCCAACAAUAAGUCGUCUUUUAAAGAAGCAAAAUUUGACUGCCCACAGUCCACGGAAAAUUCCAUUCCACACCAAGAAGCACAUAGCCGCAAGAAUGAAAUUUGCAAAGAGCCAUGUCAACUGGUCAGUUGAAAAGUGGCGUAACAUCUUGUGGUCGGAUGAGUCGAAAAUAGUCCUUUAUGGUGGCAAAGGAUCUCGACAGUACGUUAGAAGACCACCUAACACCGAAUUUAAUGCCAAAUAUUGCAUUAAAACGAUCAAACAUGGCGGACAUAAUAUAAUGAUUUGGGCAUGUUUCUCGUACUAUGGCGUAGGUCCAAUAUAUUGGAUUAAAAAUAUUAUGUAUCAUACUAGGCACCAACUCUUGGCCGAUGUGCCAAGUAUCCGAAUCACAAAAUUGCUUCCCUUUGUUAGCUCUGGAAGUGAUUACGCUGGACCGAUAAUUCUCAAGGAUCGAAAGCGUUCCAACGCUAAGAAAUCAAAGGGAUACACAUGCCUUUUUGUGUGCCUCGUCACGUCGGCACUACACCUGGAACUAGCCACUGACCUAAGCACGGAGGCGCAAGGCGUCCAAGCACUUUACCAAGGAUUCUGGAAGCGCUGCCAACAGGAAUCGCAACUUACUACACUACAACAACGUCCCAAAUGGGAAACACCGCAGCCGAAUGUGGAAUUUGGAGCCCUCGUCCUUAUCAAUGAUUCGAGUACUAUACCAGCUUCCUGGCCACUGGCAAAGGUUAUCGCAACGUACCAUGGAGCUGAUGGUAUGGACAUUAGUCUAACAUUGGUAAAUUCCAAUUACAUGGAAGAAUUGGGCGCCAAGCUGGCCCAUGAUGUCCAUCUUGCCGCAGAGGAGGGCUUCGCGAAAUAG